UUUGCCACCACCCAGCUUGCUUUGCCUUUGGCUGGGUGCAACUUCCAUUUUAGGUGUUGGAGCUGAGUAAAGGGUGGGGGGGAAAACAAGAGAAACGUCCCGCGAGGGGGAAAAAAGGAAGCUGAAGAACGAUUCACUCCCGAGGCGCCCGACUUCUGUUCGGCUGCUUUUAUCUCCCAUAAGGGCUAAUUUGGCAAAUAUUUUAUUCUUAAAUUCUUGAGCGCUUUGUUAGGAAAGCGCACGCUUAUUUUCUUAUUGCCCCCCUUCCCCUGCACUUGCAGUCCAGUGCAGCCUUUUCUUCGGAAUUGCCAAUCUGAAUGGUUCAGGGGGUAAAGGAACAGCUGCUUCGGCGACUGGCUAAUUAAAACAUUCCUGCCUCUUCCCCUCUCUGAUUUUAAGCCUUCGAGAGGGGAAGAAACAAACUUGCCUACUUAGCAUCCGUGUAGGGGGCUUCUCGGCUCCUGGAGGAGGAAAAAACAGACAAAGCCUUCUCCUUCCUGCUUCCUUGCUGUUGGUGGCUGGGCUGCUUCUCCCAUGACUUUCUGCACUUAGACCAGGCUGUGCCUUAGCCAAUCGGUUCAGAUCGGCCUUCUUCACAGUGAGGGGCGCCUUCUCCCCUCCAGCCCCCUUUCUGUGUGAUACCAGUUCCCACCAAACCCGUGGCAUCUUCCUGCCUUGCACCCUCUCUCCCCCCGUGCGGGGCCUUCACAACCAUGGAUGACUCAGAAGUGGAGUCGACUGCCAGUAUACUUGCCUCCGUCAAAGAGCAGGAGGCACAGUUUGAGAAGCUGACACGGGCGCUGGAGGAAGAACGGCGCCAUGUCUCUGCGCAGCUGGAGCGCGUCCGUGUCUCCCCACAGGAUGCCAGCCAGACCAUGGCCAACGGCACUCUCACCCGCCGGCACCAGAACGGCCGCUUUCUGGGCAAUGCUGACCUGGAGAGGCAGAAAUUCUCAGAACUGAAACUCAACGGACCACAGGACCACAGCCACCUCAUAUACAGCACCAUUCCCAGAAUGCAGGAUCCAGGACAGAUUGUGGAAGAGACUUACACAAUGGAGGAAGACCCAGAGGGUGCCAUGUCUGUUGUUUCUGUAGAGACCUCAGAUGAUGGCACGACCCGCCGUACGGAAACCACAAUGAAGAAGGUGGUGAAGACCAUGACCACACGCACAGUACAGCAGGUACCUGUUGGCCCAGAUGGGUUACCUAUAGAUGGCUCUCCAGUCACCAACAACUACAUCCAGACCAUGGAUAGGAACUUCAGGAAAAACACCAAUGGUGGUCCCGGUGCCUACAUGAGCCAGCCAGGCACAGCCACCCUUCCGCGAAACUACCACUAUCCUGAUGGUUAUGGCCGCCCUUAUGAAGAUGGCUACCAUGGUAGUGAACACAACUAUGGUAGUUUGUCCCGUGUGACCCGUAUUGAUGAACGCUAUCGCCCCUCCAUGGAUGGCUACCGGGCCCCUAGCCGGCAAGAUGUCUAUGGGCCCCAACCCCAGGUGCGAGUAGGGGGAAGUAAUAUGGACUUGAACCGCUUCCAUGCAGAACCUUAUGGGUUGGAGGAUGACCAGCGCAGUAUGGGAUAUGAAGACCUGGAUUAUGGCACAAUGACAGACUAUGGUACAGCCAGACGGACUGGGACUCCUUCUGACCCCCGCCAAAGACUUAGGAGUUAUGAGGACAUGUUGGUGGAUGACUUGGGUAGAGACCAGUAUUACUGGGCUCCACUGGCCCAGCACGAGAGAGGCAGCUUAGCAAGCCUAGACAGCCUGAGGAAAGGAGGGCCACUACCAGCCAACUGGCGCCAGCCUGAGCUCCCAGAGGUGAUAGCCAUGCUGGGAUUUCGUCUGGAUGCAGUGAAGGCCAAUGCUGCAGCCUACCUGCAACACUUGUGCUACCGAAAUGACAAGGUGAAAACGGAUGUGCGCAAGCUGAAGGGCAUUCCUGUUCUAGUGGGGCUGCUGGACCACCCCAAGAAGGAGGUUCACUAUGGCGCAUGUGGGGCCCUCAAGAACAUCUCCUUUGGGAAGGAUCAGGACAACAAGAUCGCUAUCAAGAACUGUGACGGCGUCCCUGCUCUGGUGCGGCUGCUGAGGAAGGCACGUGACCUGGACCUCACUGAAGUUAUUACAGGAACACUCUGGAAUCUCUCUUCUCAUGACUCAAUAAAGAUGGCCAUUGUGGACAAUGCCUUACAUGCCCUCACAGACGAGGUUAUCAUUCCACGCUCUGGGUGGGAGAAGGAGCCCGGUGAAGAUUCCAAGCCCCGCCACAUAGAGUGGGAGUCCGUGCUCACCAACACCAUCGGCUGCCUUAGAAAUGUCAGCUCAGAGAGGAGUGAAGCCCGUCGAAAGCUGCGGGAGUGUGAUGGACUGGUGGAUGCUCUUAUAUACAUUAUCCAGUCAGAAAUUGGCCAGAAAGAUUCAGACAGCAAGCUGGUGGAGAACUGUGUCUGCCUGCUGAGGAACUUGUCAUAUCAGGUGCACCGUGAGAUCCCAAAUGCCGAGAACUAUAAGGAGGCUUCCCUCAACGUUGCCAACAAUACAGGCCCCCAUGCCGCCAGCUGCUUUGGUGCCAAAAAAGGCAAAGACGAGUGGUUCUCAAGAGGUAAAAAACUAACAGAGGAUCCUUCUGUUGAUAUAGUGGACUUCCCCAAAAGACAAACUCCUGCAAAAGGUUAUGAACUUCUCUUCCAGCCAGAAGUUGUCCGCAUAUACAUCUCACUGUUGAAAGAGAGCAAAACUGCUGCUAUCUUAGAGGCCUCUGCAGGAGCCAUCCAGAACCUGUGUGCUGGCCGCUGGACGUAUGGGCGGUACAUUCGCUCUGCGUUGCGUCAGGAAAAAGGCCUCUCAGCCAUUGCUGACCUUCUGACCCAUGAUGAGCGUGUGGUGAAAGCUGCAUCUGGAGCCUUGCGCAACCUGGCUGUGGAUGCCCGCAACAAAGAGCUGAUAGGUAAACAUGCUAUCCCCAGUUUAGUGAAAAACUUGCCAGGGGGACAGCAGUUGCCAGCUAAGAACCUCUCUGAAGAUACUGUGGUCUCUGUGCUAAACACUAUAAACGAAGUCAUUGUGGACAACUUGGAAGCAGCAAAGAAACUGCGGGAAACGCAGGGCAUCGAGAAACUGGUGCUGAUCAACAAAUCUGGGAACCGCUCAGAGAGAGAAGUCAGAGCAGCUGCCCUUGUACUACAGACAAUCUGGGGAUAUAAAGAGCUGCGGAAGCCACUUGAGAAAGAAGGGUGGAAGAAGUCUGAUUUUCAGGUGCAUCUGAAUAACACUUCCAGAAGUCAGGGUGGGAAUUCCUUUGAUGACAGCACCUUGCCCCUCAUUGAUAAGAAUCAGAAAGGAGACAAGAAGUCUUCUCGAGAAGAGAUUCAGAUGAGCAAUAUGGGACCAGAUAACUAUGCUACGCUGAACGAGAGAGACCAUAAUAGGACAUUGGACCGAUCUGGUGAAGAAAUGGAGUCUAUGAAAGGAGCACCACUGAUGCAGAAGAUAUAGACCUACCACCACCCUGCCUUCUCUAUUUUGGGUUUAUAACAUACAAGUGUAUAAUUUUGUGGUGAAAUGGACUAAUUUUUUAAAAAUCUCUUGUUGGCAUGCAAGGCCAACCAAAUGACUGGUGCCCUGAAUCCCUAGGGCCUUACACCUCCCGAUAGAAGACUGCACAUCCAAUCGUUUGGACAUCUGUUUUUGUUUUGCAAAAGCGCAGCAAUUUUUGAAGACCAAAUAUUGUCAGUGGCAGAACACUUAAUUGACAAGCUUCUUCUGCUGCAUCAUCCAGAAGCCACUGAUGCAGAAGGAUCUCAGCUGAACUCUGACAUACUGGAACUAGUUUUUCUUGAAGAGCUUGUCUCAGAGGAGAGCAGAGAGACCGUCUCCUCCUUCUCUUAGCCUAGAGAAUAUAUUUUUGUGUGUGAUCAUUUUUUCAAACAAAGGAUGCUGGGACUACUGGAACAUUCCUGGUUGGGAGGGGGGGUGGAGAGGGCAGGUGUGGGGAUGGGGAUGACAAAGGAGGGGAUGGCUUGUGAGUGAAUGCAUCUUGCCCAUCUGGAUGUGUGAUAUCCUUAGAGUGCCUCUUGGAAAAGACAGCCCCCCCAUCCUCAUAUGCUGAGGUAGAAUGUGUGAGUUUGCAUCUGUUUCCUCCGGUUCUCAUUUGCUUCUCGGUGGUUUAACCUGAAACAGAUGAACUCUGUUUGGGAAGCUAUUUAUUGGUGGGGGUGGGGUGGGAAGCAGCUGAGGUGCGCAGGAGGCUUGAAGAGGGGAAGAGGAUGACGGAGCAUGUUAAGUGAAAGUUAGUAGAAGGGGAAGGUGUCUUUAUGCCUAGCAGUAGUAAUGUUGGAUCUCCAGUGAGGAGGAUAACAUGAGCGUUCUGUUUUGAUGGUCAGAAUCCAAGUGGUUGAUGCCUGGGUUGGGCUGCAGGUGCCAGGGGAUGAAGGGACGCUUGGUGACGGGGGAAACUUGUGUGAGGGGAGGGAAGGCUGUCUGUAAAUAUUGCCCAUGUCCUCCCAUGCAGGCAGGGGAAUGAAAUGGUUACCUAUCACUAUCUACAUGUGCCUUUCUUUGCCACUGUGAAAUAGCGUGGUUCAUUUGCUGGUUUAGAACAAGGGGGGGGGGGGGGCUGGACUGGAGGGAUGCACUUCAGCCCAGGUUUGUGCUCCUACCUUCUUCCCAUUGGAACCAGAAUCAUAAUGCCAUGUGUCAUAGCAGUACUCGGGAGCUUUACUAUAGGGAGAUGGCAAGAGCUGAUCAGUUAGUGGCUUAACGUUCCCACCCUGGGGAUGUGGUGGUAAACGCGUAGCUGGGCAGGAAUCAUGAUGCUUAGUACAGAAUGCACCUUAAUGGCGUGUCUCUUUAGGAAAUGGGAGGAGUUCAGGGUCAUCCGAUGGAUUAUUCUCAUCUGCCAGGCAGCAGCCAGGGGGGCCAUUGAAACUAGCUCUGGUCACCACACUGGUGACUUUGCCUUUUCCACUGAAGAGGUUCUCAGCCUUUCCAUCUCCCUCUCUGGUGCUGCUUCAGAGCAGUGCCUCAGCCCAGCUACUGGAAAGAGCUCUGUUACCCUCAGCUCCUGGGAUUCUCUAUGUGCACACAGUCCACACUGCACAAGACGAAAAGCCUAACACGGGAUUCUGCGCCUCUUGUAUACUCCAGUCCCAGUUUUUUCUUUCCUCUUGGGGGGGAUGGGAGGAAAUUAAACAUGCAAAUCAGCCUUUGGAGGGGGGAGGAGUUCAACUUUUUGAAACUAUAAAACACUAUUUCCUUUGAUUAAUUACAGAUGAACCAAAAAUGCCCUUCCCCGCUGACCAAUUCAAUACUGUAGGGGAACUAAUUCACUGACUUUUGCUUUUCCUUUGCACCCCAGGGGAGGGGGACAUCCUGCUGUUCUUUGAGUCCUAUGCUCACUCUGUAAUGCUUUUAAAAUGAAAUGAUUUUUAUAUAAAUAAAGUUUUAAAGUGUGUAUUUGUUAAAA